UGGGCAGAGGGGCGGGGGUUGGGAAGAUGGCGGCUCCCAGCCUCCUCAACUGGAGGCGGGUUUCCUCCUUCACGGGGCCGGUACCCCGCGCCCGGCACGGACACCGAGCCGUGGCCAUCCGGGAGCUGAUGAUCAUCUUUGGCGGGGGCAAUGAGGGCAUCGCGGACGAGCUGCACGUCUACAACACCGUUACAAAUCAGUGGUUCCUACCAGCUGUUAGAGGAGACAUCCCUCCAGGCUGUGCUGCCCAUGGAUUUGUCUGUGAUGGUACCAGAAUAUUAGUAUUUGGGGGAAUGGUUGAAUAUGGAAGAUACAGCAAUGAGUUAUAUGAGUUACAAGCAAGUCGAUGGUUAUGGAAAAAAGUGAAACCCCACCCCCCUUCUUCUGGUUUACCUCCUUGUCCUCGGCUUGGACAUAGUUUUUCUUUAUAUGGUAACAAAUGCUAUUUGUUUGGUGGUCUGGCAAAUGAAAGUGAAGAUUCAAACAAUAAUGUUCCCAGAUAUUUAAAUGAUUUCUAUGAGUUGGAGCUGCAGCAUGGUUCUGGUGUUGUGGGAUGGAGCAUUCCAGUCACUAAAGGGAUAGUGCCUUCUCCAAGAGAAUCCCACACAGCUGUUAUAUAUUGCAAAAAAGAUUCUGGAAGUCCUAAAAUGUAUGUUUUUGGUGGAAUGUGUGGUGCUCGCCUGGAUGACCUGUGGCAGCUUGACUUAGAAACUAUGUCAUGGUCAAAACCAGAAACUAAAGGGACAGUUCCACUUCCACGAAGCCUUCACACGGCCAGUGUUAUAGGAAAUAAAAUGUACAUUUUUGGUGGAUGGGUUCCACAUAAGGGGGAAAAUAUUGAGACUUCACCUCAUGAUUGUGAAUGGAGAUGUACCAGUUCAUUUUCUUACCUAAAUCUAGAUACAGCAGAGUGGACCACUCUAGUAUCAGAUUCUCAGGAAGAUAAAAAAAAUUCAAGACCAAGACCAAGAGCUGGACACUGUGCCGUAGCAAUUGGCACUCGAUUAUAUUUUUGGAGUGGAAGAGAUGGCUACAAAAAAGCACUGAAUAGUCAAGUUUGCUGCAAGGAUCUUUGGUAUCUUGAUACUGAGAAACCACCAGCACCAUCACAAGUACAGUUGAUCAAAGCUACUACCAACUCUUUCCAUGUCAAGUGGGAUGAAGUACCUACCGUUGAAGGCUAUCUUUUGCAGCUUAAUACAGACUUGCCUUACCAAGCUGCACCGUCAGAUUCUUCAGCAGCAUUAAAUAUGCCAGGAGGCAGAGUGGACCCUCACAGACAAGGCAGUAAUAGCAUCCUUCCGAACAGUAUCAGUGACACAGUAAACAGUACAAAAGUGGAACAUUCAGCCAUGAGAGGAACUGCAAUGAAAAACAAACAAGAUUUCAAAGCAACAGAUUCUAAUGCCAUUUUAUAUUCUUCUUUGGCAUCUAAUGCUUCUAAUCAUAAUAGUUGUAUGGUGGAUAUGCUAAGGAAAAAUGAAGGUCCUCACACUUCAGCAAAUGUAGGUGUACUAAGUAGUUGCCUGGACUUAAGAACAGUAACCCCUGAAACUUCGGUGUCCAGUACUGUUUCCAGCGCACAAACUAUGGUAACCCAGCAGACCAUUAAAACUGAAUCAUCCAGUACAAAUGGGGCAGUUGUUAAAGAUGAAACUUCACUAACAACAUUCAGUACCAAAUCUGAAGUUGAUGAAACAUGUGCUCUGCCUGCAACUAAGAUUAGCCGAGUAGAGAUGCAUGCUGUACCCAUGCCAUUUGCUAAAGAGUCUCCUUCAAAUCCAGUGGCUACAGUGAAAGCAGGAGAACGACAGUGGUGUGAUGUGGGAAUUUUUAAAAAUAAUACAGCUUUGGUGAACCAGUUUUAUUUGCUGCCAAAAGGGAAGCAAAACAUCUCCAAGGUAGGAAAUGCAGAUGUACCUGACUACAGUUUACUUAAGAAACAAGAUCUUGUUCCGGGCACUGGGUACAGGUUUAGGGUUGCUGCAAUCAAUGGUUGUGGAAUAGGCCCUUUCAGCAAAAUCAGUGAAUUUAAAACUUGUAUUCCUGGUUUUCCUGGAGCCCCUUCAGCAGUCAGAAUUUCAAAGAAUGUUGAAGGUAUCCACCUUUCCUGGGAGCCUCCAACUUCACCUUCUGGAAAUAUUUUGGAAUAUUCAGCCUACUUGGCUAUCCGCACAGCACAGAUCCAAGAUAAUCCAAGCCAGCUUGUGUUCAUGAGGAUUUAUUGUGGUCUUAAAACAUCAUGUAUAGUAACUGCUGGGCAACUUGCAAAUGCACAUAUUGAUUAUACAUCCAGGCCUGCCAUUGUGUUCAGGAUAUCAGCAAAGAAUGAAAAGGGAUAUGGACCAGCUACACAAGUUCGAUGGCUUCAAGCUGGGGAUCCUCGCCCCAUUCACACUUCCCUAGAAAGCCCAGCAGGACCAAGCCAUUCGGCCCUCACAGACUCCGGAGUCCAGCUGCAGGCCUGUGUGCACGGGGCCACCUUCAAGAAGUCCAGGUGCCAACACUGUACUGAGGCUUGUGAGGACAGUCUUCAACAGCAACUGAAAAUGAAUGGCUCUGAGGAUCUUCCCGAAUCCUAUGACUUCGACCUUAUCAUCAUUGGAGGUGGCUCAGGAGGACUGGCUGCUGCCAAGGAGGCAGCCAAAUAUGACAAGAAGGUUAUGGUCUUGGAUUUUGUCACUCCAACCCCUCUUGGAACUAGAUGGGGUCUUGGAGGAACGUGUGUGAAUGUGGGUUGCAUACCUAAAAAACUAAUGCACCAAGCAGCUUUGUUAGGACAAGCCCUGAAAGACUCUCGCAACUAUGGCUGGAACUUUGAGGACAAUGUUAAACAUGACUGGGAAAAAAUGACAGAAGCUGUACAGAAUCACAUUGGCUCUCUGAACUGGGGCUACCGUGUAGCUCUACGGGAGAAAAAGGUGGUCUAUGAGAACGCUUUUGGGCAAUUUAUCGGACCUCAUAGGAUUAAGGCAACAAAUAACAAAGGCAAAGAAAAAUUUUAUUCAGCAGAGCGAUUUCUCAUUGCCACUGGUGAAAGGCCACGUUACUUGGGCAUCCCCGGGGACAAGGAGUACUGCAUCAGCAGUGAUGAUCUAUUUUCCUUACCUUACUGCCCGGGUAAGACCCUGGUGGUUGGAGCAUCCUAUGUCGCUUUGGAAUGUGCUGGAUUUCUUGCUGGUAUUGGUUUGGAUGUCACUGUUAUGGUGCGGUCCAUUCUCCUGAGAGGAUUUGACCAGGACAUGGCCAAUAAAAUUGGUGAACACAUGGAAGAACAUGGUAUCAAGUUUAUAAAGCAGUUUGUACCAAUUAAAAUUGAACAAAUUGAAGCAGGGACACCAGGCCGACUCAGGGUGACAGCUCAGUCCACCAAUAGUGAGGAAAUCAUUGAAGGAGAGUAUAACACGGUACUGCUGGCAAUAGGAAGAGAUUCUUGUACAAGAAAUAUUGGCUUAGAAACUGUGGGGGUGAAGAUAAAUGAAAAAUCUGGCAAAAUACCUGUUACGGAUGAAGAACAGACCAAUGUGCCUUACAUCUAUGCCAUUGGUGAUAUAUUGGAGGGAAAGCUGGAACUUACCCCAGUGGCCAUCCAGGCAGGAAGAUUGCUGGCCCAGAGGCUUUAUGCUGGCUCCACUGUCAAGUGUGACUAUGAAAAUGUUCCAACAACCGUAUUUACUCCUUUGGAAUAUGGUGCUUGCGGCCUUUCAGAAGAGAAGGCUGUAGAGAAAUUUGGGGAGGAGAAUAUUGAGGUUUACCAUAGUUUCUUUUGGCCACUGGAAUGGACAGUUCCAUCAAGAGAUAACAACAAAUGUUAUGCAAAAAUAGUCUGUAAUCUGAAAGACAAUGAACGUGUUGUGGGCUUUCAUGUACUGGGCCCAAAUGCUGGAGAAGUCACGCAGGGCUUCGCAGCUGCGCUCAAGUGUGGACUGACCAAGAGGCAGCUGGACAGCACGAUUGGAAUCCACCCCGUCUGUGCAGAGGUGUUCACAACGCUGUCGGUGACCAAACGCUCUGGGGGCGACAUCCUUCAGGCUGGCUGCUGAGGUUAAGCUCCCAGUGUGGACGCGCCUGCCAGGACUCCAAGCCACUGACUUGUUUCCUUGCCCAAAUCCAAGGCAGUUUUCAGAAAGCUUCUUGGGCUCUUGGCACCUAUUCAAGGUGCUGUGCUCACCAUCACCCAAGGCCCCUUGGACCUCAGGGGUAGGAGGCGGUGAGUGGAGGCAGGCAGCGUCACACUGGGGCCACCAUCACAGACUCGAAACUGAACUGGCAGUGCAUCGGAGUGAUGCGUCCAUGAAGUCACCAGCCUCAAGCCCGAGUGGUGGGCGGUGAUGGAACAGCUGUCAGAUGAGUUCAACGUUGCCUUUACUGCGUGGUUUUCUUACACAUUCUCAGCUGUCUAGCAUUGAUCAUAUGUUUUUUUUCUCCAUAGGAUUAAUGAUACUAGAGAUGAAAAAUAUUAGCUAUCAGUUUUUGUCCAAAGCAAGCCCUGACUAGAAUAUCCACAGUGUCCUGCUGCCUGAAAGGGGUGAGCUGGCUCGCUUGGAAACUACAUAGGUUUGUCCCAUGGAAGAGAACGUCCCUAUGACCAAGAUGUGUCUGUCUGAAUGCCAAACUGGCUUGUUGAGCUGUGUCUCCUUUAAACACGUACAGCUGUGACCGCCCCUUCCCAGAUUGGCUCUCAUGGGCUACGUCACUGUUAAGUUCUGUGCAGGAAGAGGAAUGGCCCACUUGAAGGAAUGCUGCACUGUGUGGAACUGGGUGGUGGUUCCCACCAUGGUCCUUGGGGGCGGUCGCACGCCCUGCAGAGAACAGUCACUGUCUUCCUUGCUUUUGCUUGUGUGUGUUGGUCUAAGUGAGCUGAGGCCAUUUGCAAGGAAAAGGCUUCACUUGCUUAAAACUGUCUGGUGGGUUUAGCUUUUAGCUAAAAACACAAAACCCCACAGCUGUUUGUUGAGUGUGCGCGUAUCUGUCCCUUUGGAAGAACUACAUUCACAGGAAAGUAGGUCUUUCCACACUUUGGAUUUAAGUCUGUGAUAAUUGAUUUUUUAAGGAAGUUGUUAAAAACAUAAGUUAUUUAAUUUUUGAACACAGGUGGAUGUGAAGGAUUUCAUUUAAAAACCAUGUGAUUUUGAUUUGUGUUGUGAACUGAACCUGGCGAGUCCUGGGAGUUGCCGGCUCUGUGCUGCGGCUGAGCGGCACUUCUCCACAGUGGGCGGAGGACGUGUGCUGGGGACAUCAAGGCUCCUGCCGGCGGUUCUUGCAGCUCCCGUUGCAUCCCCUCGGAGCCCUGCCUGUCCUUCUUACCUGUAGCACUGAGUGGUUGCUUCACGCACAUUUCUGGCCACCUCAGGGAACCCCUGUGUCUGCCUGGCAUCUGGUCAGCAGAACACUGGGCCCUGGCCCUGCCUCGUGCCUCUGUAUGAAGAAAAUGGGGAGGCAGCAGGGGGAGGGGAGCCGAGGUGUGUGUUCAAUUUUAUUUAUUUACAUUUUUAAAUCCCCCCCAAGGCUGCCAACCCGAGAUGAAGGAGCAGGCAGGUGAGGUGAGGGCACCUAAUCAUGUUGAUUCUUCCAGGGGAACGGAGCGCUCCGCCCCGCGAGGAUACAUUUCAUAGACUUGUUUAGAUUGAGUUCAUGGCCCAAAGUACUGUGACUCACUGAAUUCCAUGUAUUUGUGUUACAAAUCUUCUGGGAAAAAAAAAAACAAUGUGAAACAUUAAAAGGUGUUAAUGACCCACUCGUCUUGUUGAGUGAUGGCCUUGGGACUGUGGGGCACACCUCUCUGGCUCUGUGUUGAAGACGGUUAGGAACGAGCUGCUGAGCAGAAGCCCCGGCAAGGCCAGCCGUGAGCCGCAGUUCUCCACUGGUGAUGGCACUGGUGACUGCCAGUUCCCUUGGUCCACUUGUCCCGAUCUGACCCACCAGCCUUGGUCUUGAGGGAGACGAAGCUGCCCCACCCGCCGAGGCCCACUCUGCUAUCCCAGUGCCUUGGACUCCAGGACUGCGACGCUCACUUGCCCCUCACAUAGUGCCAGGAGGUGGCGUGUGACCUUUGCCUCCUUUCUGGACUGAGCAGAUACCUAUUUGGGGUAUAAAUAGACUCGUCACCAUUCCCCAGCCCCUGGCAGUGCCCAGGCAUGUAAGUAUUCAAUAAAGUUUACAAAGCUG